AUGGCCGCGGAGCGGACUCCUGCCCACCGGCUCCUCCUCGGCCCGGACGCCCGCUCACGCAGGCGAGACCGAAGCGGCACGGCUGCAACUGGCACCGCGCCCCCGGCCUCGGGGGGAGGGGGGGGCCGGUCACAGACCCGCGCCCCCACCGCCACCGCCACGGCAGGUCUCUCCCAAGGACAAGGGGUGCGCCCUGCCCCCAAGGCUCUCGGAAGGCGGCUCUCCGACCUCGGGGUCUCAGGGCCCCAGGAGUCUGGUCCCCGCGGAGUGAGCAGCACCGCCAGCGUGCACACGGGGCUUCCCAGGCGGGUGGGCAUCCCCGCCCCCCCUCCGCGCCGCGAGGAGGCUCACCCGCAGCACCGGCCGCCGCACGACCAGGAGGACAGGACCCCCAGCGCCGCCAGCACCGCCUCCUCACACAGCCUCACCCGCCACCGGGAAGCCGCGGAGAAGGCUCGCAACUACCGAGGCGACCUCUCCGACACUCGGGUGCUCGCUCACCCGCGGGCUGAGACUGGAGCGCAAGCCACGGGCACUGCCCACGGCUCUGCCGGACCCAGAGCCCCGGCUCCGAGGAAACGCCGCCGCCAGGACACAGUGCGGGCGCUGGCCGCUCCCGCCCGGGCUCAUCCGGGAGCUGGCGAGCCCUCAGCUGCCCUGUCGGGGACGCUGCAGGAAGCAGCAGCCCCGCCCGCCGGCCCACUCCGCGGGGAGGGCGGACGACGGCCACAGAGGACGAGCCUCGCCCCCCACCCCGUCCGGGAGAGGGCGCCUGGGGACGCGCGGCCCCAGGACGAGGCACUGCUCUGGGUGUGCGGGCAGCUCCCACGUGCAGCCCCCCGCCGCGGACCCGAGCGCUGCCCUCCAGACCGGCGCCUGCAGGCCACCCCGAGGCCCCCGCCCGCCGCCUCUCACAACGAGGAGGCGGGGGCAGCCCCGGGCCCGCAGAGCCCCGAGCGUGGCCGGAAAGGAGACACGGGCCUGCAGGUGCUGUGCUCCGUGACCUGGGGACCAGCCCGGCGGACGGUGCGUCUCCGCUGGGGUCCUCCGCCCCCGGGGCCCGCAGAGGUCCGCGUCCGGUUCUGGGGCCCACGUCCAGGCCGCCCCCUACGGGCACCUGGCUGCGACGUGGGCUUCUGCAGGUGCCCUGGCUGGUGCUCCUGCCUUCUGCGCAAGCAUUUGCGUUGUUGUAACGCUGCACGCGAGUGUCACCUCUGUGACGCACGGCGCAGCAGGGCCAGCCUCCCCGGGGUGUGUGGAGCGUGCGAGGGCGUGCAGAGGGCCACACCAGCGCCCGUCAGCACGUGGAAGCACGACCACAACGCCCGCCUCACAGACGACACACUCGGCCGCUGCCCCCGGCUGGGGACGCCCCGCCUGCAGCCGGGGCCGCGGGCGCUCAGCCGCCCGUCCAACGCCUGCCCUAGCCCGGGUGACGGCCUCCCCGGACGUCGCUGCUCUGAGGGCGAAUGGAGGCCUGAGCAGGAGACGCCCCCGACCGGGGCCGCAGCCGACGGCCGAGGCGAGUGCGCACCAAACGGAAGACGCCCAUCGCCGCUUCUGACCCCGCGGCUGAAGUCACCGCCCGAGCGCAGAAAGGGUCGGGGCGGGCCGGACGACCCCGCGCGUCCCCACCGCGCGCCCGCGGGACACAACACACAGGGGCCGGGGGCUCGUUCCGGAGGCCGCAGGCCGUCGUGUCUGAAGCGCAGGGCCCAACACGCGGUUCUCGGGAGCGAGGCCGCAGGAAAACCGCGGAGCGCUUCCCCGGCGCGGCUCUGCCACCGCGGGGCCCCGCGGGCAAAUUCCGAGGACGCGCCCUCGAGACCCCGACACCCACCUUCCCUCUCCCACCGCGCCACCGGGCACGGGGCUCCGGCCUCACCCCUCAGCGGGCCACCGACGGGGACCUCGUCACCCCCGGCCCGGGCGGCGCUCGGCGUCUCCAGCAGCCACCGCGCAGGUCGGGGCGCCGCACCCCGGCCGCCCGGAGCCGCCCCUCCCCGCUCCAGUGCCCGGGGCAAGACUCCAGGCAGACAACCUGCCGCCGCCGCCUGGCGGCCCCGCCCGCAGCAGAGGGCGCGGGAACGGAGGGACGGGGCGGACGGGAGGGCCCACCGGCGAAAGCCCGACGGGGCGCCGCACCCCGCCGCCGCCAGACGCCCGGCUGAAGGGCACACCACCGCCGGGGCACCCGCACUGCCCGCCCGGCCUCCCGGGGCCCACCCGCCGCGCCGCCUCGCAGGCGUCGCCCCCGUCACAACCGGCCGGCCCGCGGACGCCGCGAGAACGCACGCUGGGACCGGCCCUGGAGCGGAACCGCGUCCCCAAGACGUCCCGGGCACGGUCUCCGCCCGGGAACGCCAAUCCUACCCGUCCCAGGGCCGCGCGGGCCGCAGGCCUCUCGGCGACGAGUCGGCCCGGCGCGCCAGGGCGGCGCUCCGCGCCUCCGGCUGUCAGGGCGCUGACGCCGUGGCCGGACCGGGCGCCCGCCCGCGGCCCGUGCCCCCCACCCGCACCGCGGGCCCGACCCCUCCCCCGCAGCCCGGCCGCCGCCAUCUUCUCUCUCCGGCGGGAGCGCGGCCCGGCGCCGAGGCCGCGGCUCUGGGCAGGCCGGGCCCGGGCGCCGCCGCCCCUGCCCUGCCGCCCGCGCCCGCGUGCGGCCCGCGGCGGCCAGCCCCUCCGCCUGGCUCCCGAACGCCACUGACCUCCACUCCCAGGCCUCUAGAGUCUUGCAGCCAUUUCCUCCGGGCUCAGGAGAAGGAGCGAGCCAGCGACCGAGCAGGGGAGCGAUCGAGCGAUCGACCCACGGCGCGAAGGAGCCCCGCCCGGCGGCCCACCCACGAACGCAAGCAGCUUGGGCGCACCUGCCCACAGGGGCCGGAGGGGAGGGGAGGCGAGGCGGUCACCGUCCGGGAAGGCGAAGGGCUCCGGCAGACGUGCGGCCUCCUCGCGGAUCGGAUCGGCGCCGACUCGCGAGGCCCCCGCGCCGGCCUGCCCCGCUCGGCCGACCUCGCAGGGGAACUUCUGCUUCCUUCAGGCGCCCUGGGCACUGGACACUCGCCCCGAGGGCAGUAA